GCCCAAUGUGUUAUAUGAAAAAGACCGAUGAAAAAAGUAUGUAAUCUCUGUAUGAGUUUAUGCGUGUGUGUGUGUGUGUGUGUGUGUUUGCGAUAUUCCGCUAGAUCCACCAUCCAUUCUCAUCGGAUUUUUCGUUUUGAGCAAUUUAUUUUUCCUGUCUGUGUGUGUGUGUGAGUAGUCACUCAAUCGCAGUUGUCAUUUGAAUUUAGAUUUGGAUUUCGAAUUCAUGAAACGCGCGUUCAUUUUUUAUUUUCGUGAUUCCAUAAACGUCAUUAUCAUUUUUUUUUCAACAAAACUUAAUCCAAAACUUUUUGUGUGUGUGUGUCCAUUGUUUAAACUUCCAUACUUCCAUCGCAGAAAAAUAAUAACGUAAAAAAUGGUAGACGGUGGUGUGGGUAAAGGCAUUAAAUUUGCCAUGUUUGCAGCUAAUGGCGUUAUUUUUGUUGGUGGUCUUGUUGUGUUCGCUAUCGGUGUAUGGACAUUAGCCGAUCGUUCAUUUAUGGAACGUUUAUUAGGAUCGAAUCUAUAUAUAACAUCGGCAUCAUUAUUAAUUGCAGCCGGUGUAAUCGUAUCAUUCAUAUCAUUUCUUGGUUCAUUGGGUGCAUAUAAAGAGAUACGAUUUAUGUUGUGUAUUUUUGUUCUAUUAUUUCUUAUAUUCAUAUUGAUGUUAUUGGGCGGUAUACUUGGCUAUGUUUUUCGUAAUCAAGUUGAUGAUCGUAUGAAACGUGAAAUGCAAAUUACCAUUAGCCAUUAUGGUAAUGAUUCUGCCAUUACUGAUGCUUGGGAUUCUGUUCAACGAAAUUUCCAUUGUUGUGGUAUUGAAUUGGAUGGCCAACAUGGUUAUACUAUUUAUAGACAAAAUAAUCCGAUAUUUGGAUCAAAUAAUCGUAGACGAGUACCACGUACAUGUUGUCUAAAUCUACGUGAUGAAUCAUCAGUGGAAAGAUGUAUGAUGGAACCGGAAAAUCCUACACAUACCUAUCAUGAUGAUUGUUAUGAUAGAAUGAAAAAUUUCGUCAAAGGUCAUGCAAUGUUAGUGGGCGGUAUCGGUAUCGGAAUUGCUUGCAUUCUGAUCAUCGGAAUGGUACUUUCAAUGGCAUUAUUUUGUAUGAUCGAUUGAUUGAAUGAUAUUCAGCGUUCAUCCGUCUUUUUUUUCCUUUUCUUUUUGAAAUCCCGUUAUCAACACCUCGGACAACUAAAUCAACCUACUUAUAAUAACACACAUUAUCAAUAGCCAUGUAAUAGAAAAACAUUUUUUCAAAAUACCACAGGCUAUAUAUAGACAAAACAAAAAAUAUUACAUACAUGUUCAUCUAAAUAACGAAUCUAUCAUCUUCAUCAUUUUUUUUGUGUACAGCAGCAGCCUCAAAUCAACAAAACAAAAUAGCCUUUAUCAUAGCCAAAAACUUCAUUGGCUCAUUCAUAACCUAAUAAAAAUAAUAAUAAUAAUGAUGAUAAUAAACUGCCCUUUUUUCAAUCAUCAAUCAACUCUCACUUUCGUCAUCAUCAUCAUCAUCAAAUACACUUACAAAUCAUCAUUCGAACUCAUUUUUUUCAUCUAUAUUACCUGUUCUGGUUUUCUUCAAUUCUGAAUACUUUUAUUCUUCAUCAUCGAUACACGAGCGAGUUUGGCCAAAAUAUCAUUAUGGAUAUUAUAUUCUAUCCGAUUCAUUUGUAAUAUUAGAUAGCCAAUGGAUAAUCUUCAUCAUUAUCAUCAUCAGUUAAUAGAUAACUUAAAUACAAUAGAUAGAUAGAUAGAUUGCAUUGUGUUGUACCUGUACACAUUCACACAUAUAUGAAUAUUCGAUAAUUGUCAUUUCCAUUUUUCUUUUUUCAUUUCAUUAAUAAUUGAAACAAAAAUAAAAUAUAUCGUUUACAAUAUA